CACGGCAUCGCAAGGUGUGUUUAAAGUGCUCGUAGGACGUCUUAGAAAUGGAUGUUUGAUCUAAAGUAAGACUUUAAAUUCAUGUUAUGAGAAAUUAAGUUUCCCCAAGACUAUCUUGGGUGUUCUCUGUGAGAACGCAAUUUUUUAUCAGGAUACUUAGCUAAAGGUUUAAAAUCUCCUGUAAGGUUAGGGGCAGUGGUGCAACAUGACAUCGGAGGAGCAAGCGACCACCACUAAGGCUAAAACCGAGGACGAAAGCAUAACCUGGUGGUACCGAUGGAUGUGCAAAGGCGGGGCGCUCGUCGGUGGGGUCUCUUGCGCUUUUGCCGGUUUAUUCAACUGUAUCACCAUCAACCCAUUAAAUAUCAUCGCAGGAGUGUGGAUGGUGAUGAAUGCCUUCGUCCUGUUCCUGUGCGAGGCGCCGUUCUGCUGUCAGUUCAUCGAAUUUGCCGAUGUCGUUUCCAGCCGUGUAGAAAAGCUCAGACCUUGGCAGAAGGGUGCCUUCUAUUGCGGAAUGGCAGUAGUUCCAGUCCUUAUAAGCCUUACCUUCACCACAUUGUUGGGAAAUGCGAUACCCUUUGCGACCGGAGUCCUGUGCGGUCUGGGAUCCCUGGGGAAAAAGGGAGGGGCUACAACUUACAACCAACUGGAUCAGCAGAAACAGGGCAAUGAAGAGACAGACACAUGUGAGGUGGUUGCUCUGUGACCCCCCCCCCCCCCCCCCCCCCAACCUCCUAUCAGAAACCUGACCAGCUGAUGUAUUUUUCUUCCCCUCCUGAGUGUGUUUGCCACCCUGUGGCGAGGAACUAGUGAAGCAAUGAUACCAUCAACCGGCCCAAUGGGAGAAAAAAAGAUGGUCACCAUAGUAACCUGAUCAGUGAGACCAUGCUGCAUUUGUUCCAUGGCUUUCUUAUUCAACCUAACACGUCAGUAGUACUUGUUUGGAUGUUAUAUUUUUUAGUUUUAGUAUACACGUUCAGAGUGGGGGAAGUGUGUAGCUCAAGGGCUUGGGUCUGUGUUGAGAAGGUUUUGGGUUUGAAUCCUUGUUAGACCCCUGAGUGAGGCCCUCAACCCCUACUCCUCCAGGGAUGCUGUCUGACCUGGCUCUCUGACGCAAAGCUCUCCUCGUGUGUACAUUGCUAAAUUGAAAAAUGUCAAAGCAAAGUGCAGAUUUAUUUUAAAGUUAGCUGAAGCAAUUUGGGUUAAGUACCCCCACAGUACCGCAGGGGCACCUAUCGUCAGAGAAAAGGGAAUAGACAUCUUAUUGCAGGUGUACUGUAGGCUCUUCAUCUGGUUUGGAAUUUCUCAAUAUUGUUUAAUAAGAAUACUGAAUACUUGCUGUGACCAUGUACUAAAAACUUCCACAAUAACUUUAAUAAAUGACCACUUUUAUACAAACAUGAGUUUGUAUAAAAAACAAUUUA